GAUAUCCCUAAGACUAUCUCGUUAUAAGAAUCGACUUUGAAUACCGCCCUCAGAAUAUUGCUCUCUUGUGCGUGAACGAUGAUUCAUAUUACAUUUUAAAAUCGCGAUCAAAAUUUUUAUAUUUUAUUAGUAUUGUGGAACGUGUAAAUUAUAUGCAAGCUAUAAAUGGAUGAUCGAUAUAAGUAUAAUGAAAGUUUCUUUAUUUCACGUUACGAGACACAUUACAAGAGUGAAUAGUUAUUUUCGUCACGUCAAUUAUGAUAAUUAUGCGCUAAAGAAUAUGAUAAUCAAAGUCGAAUAGAUCAUUUUGGACAGGUUCUUGACUAGUCGAGCCGCCAUUAUACACUAUACACCUAGCCUCUUUAAUCGCGAACGCAGCCUUCGCAUGCGCUCCAUUCCAAAAAAAACUAUCAGCCAUAUUGGUGUGUUGUAUCGCUGUCCUCAGUAAUUUUGAAGAUUAGCAAAGGAGAUAGUGCAUCAUGACGGAUUCUAUGAAAUUUGGUCCAGAAUGGUUGCGCAACUUGUCAGGAGACAGUUGCAAUUCUGGUGGUGGUGGCGGAGGAACUACAACUUUGAGUACUCCUCGGUAUCAAUUGGCAGAGCAUAGAUACGGUCGGGAAGAGAUGUUAGCUUUGUUCGAUCGUAGUUGUAAGCCUCCAGAACUGUUAACAACAUUUACAGGACUGUAUGUGGAGAAAACUCAACUUCCAUUAGCUCUCGUACAGAUGACAGAGGAUGAAACGCGUAUGUGGAAUGGUGGGAUAACUAACAUAGGCAGGGGAAGAGGUAGCAGUGUGGAUCGUGGAGGACGUACUAGAACUGGAAGAGGAAGCUUGUAUUCAUCUCAUUAUUCACGUGGAGGUUUUGAUGACUCUGGAGAUGGGAUACGAAUCGAGGGUCAAUCAUUUCAGGGAAGAAACAGGCCAUUCGAUAGAUCUCAGAGUGAACGCGGUUGGUCAGAGAGAAACGGCGUUUCAGAUCCGGGAGAAUGGAAUGGUUCGACUAGUCCUAGAAAAGAGCUAAGUCGUGGGACUAGUGGUAGUUCCCUUAUGGAGAGCAAUUGGAGACGACAUCGCAGUGGUGCUGAUGAUGAUGAUGGCUGGCGCAAGUGGGGGAGAAACAGUUGGCGCGAGGGUGGCAGUAUGGACAGAGAUCGACUGGACCGAAAUGAAGGCGACGGCGAGGAAGGUAGAAGCGGAUCGGCAAGAUGGGAACAUCGAGGAAAUCAUAGACCUUCUCACGAUUCAAGUCAUCAUCCACCGUCUCGUACCGCACGUACUUGGGAAUCGAAUCAUCACGAUAACCAUGACAAUCUGCCUGAAUGGGCAACGGAAAAUCCAAGCGAGAGUGGUGGCAGUUUCGACUCUUCGGGCGCGUUUCACGGUGGAAUGUACUCCGAUGACGAUGAGGAUGGUGUAGGUGCUUCCCAACAGGGCAGAACUCGCCGCGUGUCGGAAGGAAGUGCUCCUAAUGUAGUGAAACCUAAUAGCAAGUUAUUAGCUUUCGGGGCAGGUACUGUCCAAUCCCUGAAUCGCCAUACGAACCAUACGGCCGGUACAUUAAGUAAGGAACGAUCGAAACCUCUGGAUCCACUCGAAGAUAAGGAUGAUUCUGUGGAGAAAGAGAGGACAUGUGACUCGCCCUCCGCUAAGCUGAUCACUGCACCAUCAGUGGAGAGUAUACCCGCAAAGAGCUUAACGGCACCCUCGGACAUCUUGCAGAAGAAAACUGUUGGAUCAACUAGUGCGGAUAAAAAAGUGGAAGGGGAGAAACAUCAGCCCAGUGAUGCGAGACCGAGUGACAGACCCAGAGACUCUUCGAGUGGGACUCGUGAUAAGGAAACUGUGCAAGUAGACGUUAAGGCGGAGCCACAGAUGACUAUCGCUGCUAAUCGACAAGUUGCCAUGCAUGCAGCGGAACCGCCGAAACAAGUGCAUAAUACAGCGCCCGCUAAUGUCAAGCAACGAACGGAAGAUGAUUUAGAUAGGAUGAAGGAGGUAGCUGACGCUUUGGUCGCCAAAUUGAUGGCGGACGAAGAGAAUCACAAAGAGAAAACAACCGUUACCAGUGUCCAGCCAGCGAUUGGUAACCAACCUUCCGCAAUUUCCUCCGCGAGUAGUCAGGAAAAAUGGUUUUACCGUGAUCCGCAGGGCGAAGUUCAAGGACCAUUUUUAGCUAGUGAAAUGGCUGAAUGGUGUAAGGCCGGUUAUUUUACAACGGGGUUAUUGGUUAGAAGAACUUGCGAUGAGAGGUACGCCACACUGGGUGAUCUAAUAAAAAUGUGUGGAAGAGUACCCUUCACGCCUGGUCUACCGAUGCCGCCAUUAAAGUUGUCGGAACAAGUCAUUCCGCCUGUUCCUAGUACUGUACCAGCUGGAUUAACUACUGGUGCUUUACCGAAGGCGGGAAUGGAGGAUCCGUUAUUGUUAUUGCAAUAUCAGCAAAUGCAAAUGUUGCAAAAUCAAUUACUAAUUAGGCAGAUGAGAACUUCUGCGAUAGCGAAACUAUCUCAAUCAGAACAUUGGGCGACACUGAGCCCCAUGGAGCAGAAUCAACUGAUUUUGCAGUACGUCAUACAAGAUGGAAUGCCAGAAAUCCCAGAAGUGCCAAUAGCGGCGACGAAUCCGUUUGUGCCUCAUCUUGCGUCUCAAGCGGCUAAUCCUGUCAUACAACUUUUUACUCAGAUGCAGCAGGUAAAAACGCAACCUGAGACUCAUUUACCGGCGAAUCCGCAUACAACCGCGCCGGCUCAUCCGGGCACAGUCGAUCCCAUACAACAGCUGAUUCAACAGAUGGGCGGUAUACAAAAUUUGCCCACUGUGCAGCAGCCGAAUAUCGCGCCGGCGCCCACGCCACCACAGGAGGAUAAUCCGAUAAAAUCUCUGCUACGUCAAUUGAACGUCAGUACGAAUGGCCAUCCGCCAGCGCCUCACAUGGAUACCGUGUGGCCGCAACCACCCCCGCAGAUAGCACCCCAAUUUAAUGCGCAGAAUUGGUUAGCGCAGAUAGGGCCCAUCCCCGCGAUGCCGCCUGGACAAUUACCCGGGUCUCUGUGGGACUUACACGCUAAAGAAAUGAAAACUGAACAGCAAAUACUGGAAGAACAGAAUCUGAAGUUACAGGAAGACAGAAAGAAAGAGGAAUUGAGAAAGCAAGAAGAACUGCAACGUCAAGCAGAAGAAGAGAAUACAAAGAGAAAACAGAAAGAGGAGCAAGCGAAACAAGCUGAGGAAGCGAAACGUAAAGAUGAGGAGAGGAAGAGGAAGGAAGAAGAGAGGAAACGGAAAGAGGAGGAAAGACGGAAGCAAGAGGAAGAGCAAAAGAAAAGAGAAGAGAAAAGACGUAAGGAGGAAGAAAAGAAGCGGGAGGAGAGAAAAAAGCAAGAUGAGGAAAAUUUGAAGAGAAAACUGGAGGAAGAGAAGAGGAGACGGGAGGAGCUUAGAAAGCAGGAAGAAAAGCAAAAGAAGGAAGAGGAAAAAAGAAAAAAAUUAGAGGAAGAACAAAGAAGGCAGGAAGAAGAAAGAAUCAGUGCAAUUUACAUAAUUACAAAAUUUAGGAGAGAGGCGGAAGCACGACGGCAAGCGGAAGCAGAAGAACAGGCUCGUCGCGCGGAGCAACGGCGAAGGGAAGCCGAGGCGUUGCGUAAGCUUCAGGAGAGAAGUAAGGCUCCGUGGGCUCAAGCUCCGCGCGCAUCUGCUCCGGCUACUCAUACUGCUUCUUUGGCCGAGAUUCAGAGACUUGAGAGAGAAAAGAAAGCGGAGGAACAACGACUUCAGCAGUUGAUGCAGCAACAAUUAGCGCAACAGAAAGCGGUAGAAAUGGCGCAGGAGGCAUCAGCGGCGGAUUCAUCGAAACGAUUACAAUUCAAAUGGGCGGAGAAAGCCAUUGCUUCGAAAUCUCUCCACGUAAAGAGUUUCGCUCAAAUCCAGCAAGAAGAACACGAGAAGCAACAGGAAAAGGAGCGUCAGGAGAAAGCCGGGCAGAAAGAAUCCGCGAGUAUGUUGCAGAAUGCCGGAAUAUGGGGUACGGCAUCACAGUGCUUGAAUUGGGCUACUUCCAGCACAUCAGGUAGCCAAGCGUGGUCCAAUAAUUCUAGUAAUACUGGCUUCUGGGACGAUCCGACGCCGGUGAGAUCGUCCACGACUACAAAGCAGCCAGCGAAACAGACUGCGAUCACAAAAUCCGCGUCUAGCCAACAACAGCAGCAGUUGCAGAAUAGUAAUAACAAAGCAUCCAAGAACAAGAAUAAGAGGGAUGAGGAACUAGUGAAGAAGCUGUUUGAACAGAACACUGCCAAGACCGACGAGUUUACACAAUGGUGCAAUAAGGCGUUGAGUAGCAUACAGGCGUCUGUGGAUAUCCCUACGUUCGUUGGAUUUUUGCGGGACAUUGAAUCGGCGUAUGAGGUUAAAGAUUACGUUCGCCUGUAUCUUGGUGACACUAAGCAGAGCACGGAAUUUGCUAAGCAAUUCUUGGAGAAACGGAGCAAGUGGCGAUCAGCGCAACGUCCCCAGGCACAAGCGGAUGAUCUGUGUAAGCCAGCGCCGGCAGUUAAUCCAAAUGCACCUGCACAAUUUCAGGAAGUAAAGGGAAAAUCCAAGAAACCAAAGAAGGGAAAGAUGUUUAAAGUAGAUAACAGAAUUCUUGGCUUCAGCGUAACCGCGGCACCCGAUCGUAUUAACGUAGGUGACCGCGAUUACGGCGAAGGAGUCUGAGCUGUUUCGUCAGUUUACCUCACGGAAAUGAUGCGACGCUCGAUUCAUCAGACGGUUCGUUAUUUAUUUAUUGUAUAUGCCAAACGGGUGCUGAGAGACUCACCACGGGUAUUUCUUAAGAUAUAAUAAAGACUUUAUGAUCCAACACACGUGAAGGAAGAACUCAUCCCUUCAAAAGCGAUCAUCGAUGACGGUCUUUAUUCAGGACCGACCGAGCGUGGUGUUAUUUUCUUACAUUAUACACAAAGCUCCAUUGUACAUAUUACUCGAAGAAGAAUAUUUCAAGAGAGAAGGCGAAUUUACUUUUUCCUAUGUACACGACAAUUAGGGUUGGAAACUUUUAUAACAUUUCAUCGUCAUCGCGUCAUUUAAAAGUACGACAGAUAAAAAGGAAGAUAAAAUAUGCCGAUCGAUAAAUUGUGCAUGUGUGGAAACAUGGCAGUCAAUAGCAAUAUGUGUAUGUAAAGGUUUUCAACGAAAAUGAUGAUUAAAACGAUACUUGCGAAGACGGCGGAAAUGACCGUAAUUUGUAAGCAUAAUAUUGAAUACAGUGCGUCAGUAGAUGUUUUUACUGAACGUAUUUAAUACAACGUGAAUCCUAUGGAUUUUCGUCCAGAAGAAAAAAAGAGAAAUUUUCUUUGUAUUACUCUUAACAAGUUCUACUUUAACGUACGUUUCAAGCACGAAGAAUCUUUCACUUUUUAACAUUUUUCGUCGUCAUACAAUACUUAUAGUGAUAAAAUACUCUACGCAGAAUUUUAAGCACACGUGAUGUUAAUAUAUCUGAUUAGAAUCCCGAAUAAGUUAUGUAUAUGUCGGAAAUUUUAAUCUUGUAUCGAAAGCAGGAAGUUGCGAUAUUAUAAUAAACAAAAAGAGAUAUGAUGGGCGAGAAAAAAUAGCGAUUCGACAUACUUUUCUGAUAUUAUGAAAACCCUUAGGAAAUAAAACUAGCAAUUCAGCAUAUAGUAUUCCUCAUUAUUAGAAUUUUUGAUUUCGCAAUAGAAACAGCAAUAGCAAUUAAAAAUAAUAUUCAUAAUGCGCAUUACUAAUUCCUCACCUUUGGCAGCAUACAUGAAAAAUCCUCUGACAUCUUCUGAUUGCUGCGUAUACCUAUGUGUGGAUCUCACUGUCGUCGGCAUAGCCUUCUUGUACACAUUGUGGUCGAUCUAAUGCUAAAUUCGAGAUAUAAAAAUUUCGGAAAGAUUUAAAUGUAUAAAAGUAUGUUUUAUAAACUUUUACUUAACUCUUUAAACGUCAUAGCUGGAGAUCUAUUAAUACCUUUUUAGGACUUAACAUUUAUUCUCAUUUCCUAAUUGGACUAGACGUUGAAAAAACGUGGAAUGUUGUGACAGAUCUGACCACUGGUAAUAAUACGAUGGUUGUUAAUUAAGGUUCAUUGAUCUUCUCUUAAGAUCAAAAGUAGGAGAAGACCACGGAUCCUUACAUGAGAAAAAUAUAUGUAUAAAUAGAUUAAUGUACAGAAUACGCAGUGAUGAUUAAACAAAUUGAUUUAAACUAAGAUAAUUAAAAUGCAGAUAACUGAUAUUGUAUCAAUAUUCUAUUAUUGUAUCUAACGUAUAUAUAACGUAA